AUGAGUGCCAUAAUAGCGUUAAAUGAGUACGACAAGUACAAGGAGAGGAAUGUCAAUUGCCUGGUCUUCUUUUCCGCGAAGCAAAAAACGCUAAGCUGCUCGCUUGACACCGACAUUGAUGACAAUGAUCCGACUAUAUUGUUGCUAUUGGUUUCAACUCGACAAAUUUGGAAGGGAUUGUUAAACAAGGAGGAACUGCAAUCAGUGUUCCUUAACAAUUUACGAGGAGAAGUACGCAUUUGUCGUUUAAAGCCAUGA